GAAUGUUGAGAGCUGUACUUUUGAGUGCCUCCAUCUCCUCCAGGAAACAAAUUCUGAAUAACAGAUUGAAAUUACAGUGUAGCAAAGUUUUCCUCAAAAUGAACGAACUGUGAUUCUAAAAAAAGAAAAGAAUGGACUGUGCUGGGAUACGUUCAUAAUAUUCUCUUUCUUUCCUUUUAGAUGACUUGAAUCAUGAAGCUUCUGGAUCAUUUCUGGAUGCAACCACAUCACCCUCCUCAACCCAUUUGUUUGGCGGCUUCCAUAUGACAGACUGGAAUCCAGCUUCUGUAGUCCAAUCAGAUCCCACAGGCUCAUCAAAGGGUAGCAGGGAACAACCUGCAUUUUCCUCUGUACUCACAUUACUUGCCAGCACAGCCCAAAAGCCUCCCAAUCUCUCGUCAAAAGUUGUUGCACGUGACAAUGAAACACAUCAAUGGCCUUCAAAUGGAUCUUUGGAACGAGUGGAGCCAUUUACUCUUCCAUCGUCUGUGCUGGUCAGCAACCAAUCCAACAACUCAGAGUUUGUGUGGAUAUCUGAGCUGGUGGCACCUGCAGCCACAUCCAGAGCUGCAGACCCUGAUGCUAGAAGAUUGAUUUCACCUGAACAGAAAAACACUGCUGCUCCUAAUAGAUCUUCAGCUACAUUUGUGGACACACAACGAGAACGACCAGCCAUUGCAACAACUAUUGGAUCUCAACCUACAAUAUUUUACAGCAAUACUGUUACCACAACCAGCAUCCCCUUUACAACAACCACAAACCAGAUUAGCACUACCCAAUCAUCUGCUGCUAAACGACACUCCAAAACACCUAGGACAACUAUAAGAACUACAACUACACAAUCUCCAAAGACAACAUCUAGAAUCCUGCCUGACUCCACCUCACAGAGUGCUAAGUUGGACCCUUCAAAAAGCACUUUAGGAACUCCAAGAGCUGCUGUAACUGAGGCCUCAAUGCUAAGAUGUAACAUCACUGACAAGAUGUGGAUAAAAACAGUGUUGACCAUACAGUUACGAAGGAGUCGUCUAGACAGUAUUUUGAAGCAGAAUCUCCCUCGAGGGUUUACUCAAGCUCUGAAGAAGGCCUUGAACGACAGCACAGUUCAGGCUAAGAUUGAGAGUAUCUCUAGUGUUCCCAAUGUGACGGUCGGUUACUAUGUGACCCAUGGAGAGAUGGUGUACACUGCAUCGGUGGUGGUGGAUGCUCUAAGUGUCUAUGGUAUUGAGAGAUUGAUGGCAGACAUCCGGCAGUUUGUGCCACUGGUGCAGGCAAUUCCCAUCCCAGCAGUCCCCUGGAGACCCAGCCCUGCCAUCUCAAUGAUGCUGAAGACAGUUCUGAGGUUUGUUGGGCCAGAAGAUGACCUCAAGUCCUGCAGAUUUACUCAGAUGAUGGAGCAGAGACUGGAGAAUGCUUUUGCUGAAGCAGAGGCCAUAGUGAUGAACUCACACAGCGGUCUCACUGUACAGAUCUUGAGCACAACACAGUCUGUGGGUUCUCCUGCUGUAUCUCUGAUAUAUGUGGUGCAUAAUGGCAGUGUCACUCUCAAUGGCACAACUGCCAGUAACCUUCUCAGCCAACUGACUGCUGAGCUUGUUGGUUACUUCCUGUUUUACCCUCCACUGAUCACAGCUGAGCCUAUGGAAUACCAUAACCUUAACACAUCUGUAGCAACCAGGCCAUUUUGGAUAAUCACAGUGAUUCAGGAUGUGGAAAACUCCUCUCUAGAAGGACAGUAUCACAGUUUUGCUAGUCUGAUGGAGGAGCGGUUGGCUGAGCUCUUCAUGGCGGCUCACCAGCAAGGUGUUCGCUUCAAGCGGGCAACAACAGUGGGCAGUUACACCGUCCAGAUGGUUAGUAUCAGGCGUGUACAUGGUCCAAAAAACCCAGCUGAGAUGACCUACUAUGUCCAGCAAAAUGGGACCCCACUGCUUGGCACAUCUGCAGCCAAGCUUCUAAACACAGUGGACUCGCAAACCAUGGCGCUCACACUGGGAUACUUUGUCCAACUGCAGGCUGAAGCCGUAGUGAAGAAUCCACCCAACAACCUGUGGAUCAUCGCUGCAGUGCUAGCACCCAUCGGCGUGGUGACCCUCAUCAUCAUCAUCAUCACCACGGUGCUGUGUCACAAAAACAAGAGCGAUUUCAAAACUGAUCCCAUUGGAAACUUCAACCCUCGAGUAAAGACUGCUUACUGGAGAGACGUGGGUUAUUACCCUCAGGUAGAUAUUCAGCUCUUCAAUCAUCUCACCUGCUGCUCUGGACUCCUGAUGUGCACACACUGUUAUGGAUGAUGUGUAGAGUAGACAGGUCUCAGGGACAAUGUACUAAUGAUCGUGCACAAUUAAAGGGUUAGUUCACCCAAAACAGUCAAAUUAUUUCGUCAUUAACUCACCUGUGUGUCAUUCCAAACAUGUAAGACUAUAUUUAUUUUGUGGAACAUAAAAGGAGAUGUUGAGUGAAGUGUGCUGGCUGCUUUUUCCAUACAAUGAAAGUAAAUGAAGACAGGAAUGUAAAAAAAAAAAAAAAAAAAAAAAAAAAAACGAGCACUUUACUUUCAUUGUUUGGCAAAGAGCAGCCUUGACAUUCUACAAAACAUUUAGAAAUUUGUACAGAUUUUGAAUGACAUGAUAUGGUAUGAUAUUAAAUGAACUGAACAACAUUUUGUGUGAACUAUUCCUAUGAACAUUGUCAAUAGUAUACAUAUAUAUAUUUUUUUUUUCUAGAUUAGGACCUGAUUUUAUGUGUGUGUAUUCCUUUGCGUGCUUGUAUGCCUAAACAAGCUGAAUAUUUUAGAAAUAAGGUCAGAAAUUCUCUUAUGAUUUAGUUGGAAGUAGACUAGCAGGACUGUGGAAGGGACAAAAACCUCUUUGUUAUAAAAUGCAUUUAAUACAUCAAUUGUGUAAAACCAUAAGACAUCUAUCCACCUCUCUAAAAGAAAUGCAGACAGCAGCACUUAUUAAAAAAUGUCAGAUAUGUCUUAUUUAUUAGGUAUAAUGAUCUGACCUGCAUUUUCCCCAUAUACACCCUCUGGCCUAGUUUAUCAUUUGCUAUGACUGACAAACUGCUGCCUUUUGCCUGGCCAUUAUGGAAUGCCUCCUUGCCUUCAGUUAUACAGUAACUGAGGAUUUGUUAUUUGCAAAACAUGUGCAGUGUAUUAUAAUUGUUAUUAGAAUAUAUCUGCAGGGCUGCAUAGCCAUUCUUUACAUUAGUUUUCCAAAAAGCAUUGCCAGGCCAAGUUUUUGGACACUUUUUGAACCAAUAACUCAUCAGGUUUUUAUUAUUAUUAUUUUUUUAAACAUAUCUUUAUUGAUUUGAUAUUCUGAAAUGAACUUAACUGAGAUAUUACUUGCUUUGUUUAUGUCAAUCCACCUAUUUUAUUAUUAUUAUUUUUUUUCAGUGGAUUAUCCUAAUGGUUUAUUUCAAAUUAAUCUGUUUCUGUUAUAUAUAAUAAUAAUAAUAAUAAUAAUAAUAAUAAUAAUAAUAAUAAUAAUAAUAAUAAUAAUAAUAAUAAUAAAUAAUCAGCUCCAACUAGUUGUAAAAUUAAGAGAUGGGAUUGCUUAGAAUUUGUGACAUUUAAGUGUAUUUAAAUAUAUAGACCUUUAUAUUUUUCUGUAUUUAGAUUCUCGGCACACAACUUUAGUAGGGGCAAAAUAGUUCUGAGAUUAAAAUAAGCUUCAAUGACAAUAACAGAAAACAUCUAGUUAAGUGGUAAACAAGUAAAUACUUACAACACAUACUUGCUUCCCCGGUAAACUAUCAACCCCAGAAUGCUGUCCUGGCAUUGCUCUCCAGAAACUGCUGAGACUCAAUAAAACUGUGGCUGGAUAAUGUCACAAGAGACAACAGACAAAAUGUCUGAGAUAAAUUUUGCAGGACUGCUUUGCAACGGAACAUAGUAGCAUUGUUGCCACACUGUAAAAUAACUAGUUUAGAGAUAGUCUUGUAUAUUAAGGUGGUAUUUAUAUAUGGCAUGACCACAAAAAUGAAAGAUUAGAGUCUAAAUUAAGGAUUAAAAGUGUUCAGAUUUAUUCAUGUCAGUCAUAAUUUAAGUAUUUAAAUAGCCGAUUAUCUCAUUCAUGUGACAGCAUCAUCCUUAAAUUACAUUUUUUAUAUUUAAAUAAAUUCAUUAACAUUCCCCACAGACUACGUAAUUAAUCAGAAUUUAAGUAAAGUCUCAUCUUUAAGGCCCUCCAUUACUAAAUCUGUUUACCUUCAUUAGAUCUAAGGAUUAUAUUAACAUUUGAACUGUUGAACUUUCCUUGGUCCAAUCCAAUGCAGUCAGA